UCCAACACACGCAGCUGCUGUUUGUCCACGAGUCUGAAUUUUUGCCUCUAUUAAUACAAGUUGUCUGAGGUGAGGUUGUUUUUGUAUAAUGUCUAGAAAGACCAUGAGUCCUCGUCUUACGCUGGGUGCUUUGAUCUUGCUGGCAUGUUGUAUGUCUACAGGAGCAGUGACUACAGACAUCUGUGAAGGUCAGCAGGCCACCCUGAACUGUGGGAGUUCUGUGAUCAACGUGGUCAGUGCUAACUAUGGACGCACCGACCGUGUGACCUGCAUCUCUGGUCGUCCACGACAUCAGAUUCGCAACACCAACUGCCUCAACCCCACAACCUUCCCGUUGGUGACUAGCAUGUGCAAUGGGCAUACAAGCUGUUCUCUGGAUGCCUCCAACUCUGUGUUCUCUGAUCCCUGUUAUGGAACCUACAAAUACCUGCAUGUGAUCUACAACUGCAUUCCCCCAAAGACGACAGUGAUCUGUGAAGGUCAGCAGGCUACCCUAAACUGUGGGAGUUCUCAUAUCAACGUUGUCAGUGCUAACUAUGGACGCACAGACAGGGUGACCUGCGUCACUGGUCGUCCACCAAGCCAGAUUAGCAACACCAACUGCCUCAACCCCACAACCUUGCUGUCGGUGGCUGGCAUGUGCAAUGGACAUACAAGCUGUUCUCUGUCUGCCUCCAACUCUGUGUUCUCUGAUCCCUGUUAUGGAACCUACAAAUACCUGUAUGUGACCUACACCUGCACAUGACCUACACCUGUGUGAGUAUUGUUGGGUCGAAGGAGUGGACCUGGAUG